AUGUCUUCACCGUUUGACUUUAAAGACAACAGCGAUUGGAUGGUCAUUUACGAUGAACCGAAUGACCAUGACCAGAAUGAUAAGAAAGAAGAAAAGCCUUCCGGGAGGAGGCAAAGUCUUGCGCGGACUCUGUCUAUACCAAAUACCAUGUGUAUCAUGUCUGACAACAAGACUGAGAUAUCAACGGUAACCGAGCUGCUAUCCCCGAAAUUGAGAUUGCCCCAACUGGGCACUGACUCGGCGGAAAGAGUCUUUCCUGUUCGCUCGGUUGUCUCGUUUGAUUCCACGCCUUCAUCUGCCCUGCAGACACCUUCCCUCGAUAAGCUUGAAACACCGAUAUCUCCUUUUUCGGAUACAUGGAGUGCAGGCUUCGCCGAUGAACAAGCGGGCUAUGAGCAAAAGAACCAGAAUAUACCCGGGAAGAGCAUGGAUGCUGAAGAUGGUGUCUCAAAGAGACCGGGCCACCCCACCCGACCGCAUCAGAGUGGUGGCGGGAGCGAGAUUUCAACAGGACAAUCUUACGCAAGCCAUGAUCUCGACAUUUUUGCACAAUUGAGAAAUACUGUGCAAAAUGGUGCCGAGAUCCUUGACUUCCACAAAACAACAAAGGGGAUAUACUACUCGCACGAAGAUGAAGAGAACAUUUUCAUUCAGUCAUUCGGUGCACUCGUUGUGAUGACAGAAUCCAACGGUAACUUUGUAGUGCAAAUAGCGAGCGACAACUCGAUGGAAAUCACUGGACACUCUCCUGGUAAACUCUUCGAGCUUCGAACAUUUUGUGAUAUAUUGCCACCCUCCCAAAAACACAACUUUCUUACUCAUGCUCAAGUUGUCCUGAGCGAUGACUACUCUGUCGAGGAUUCUGGCCCUGAGGUUUUCUUCCUUUCUAUCUUAUCAUCGGACGGAUACACCCAGAGUACUUGGUGUACCAUGCAUACGAGCACAGUAUAUAAGAACUAUGUGAUAUGCGAGCUCCAGCCUGAGGGUCGAGAGACAAAGGACCACUCCGAUUUUGAGAAUCGCGAAAGUCAAGCGACAGCAUCGGAUAGUCGGAGCUUGGACAUGACUUCUGGGGCAAUUUUCGAGGAUGUUGACACGAGCAACAGAAAUGUUCCGGACUCAUCGGAACUUCUCAAUACCAUCCCUCGGAUUCUCCAACGACUUGCAAAUGCUCAAACACUGGAAGCGCUCGUCCAGCAUACCAUCAGCACUUUGCAAAGUCUUGUUCAAUUUGACAAAAUGACCAUGUAUCAUUUUGAUAGCGAUCGCAACGGAAUCGUGGUCGGCGAUGCGUUUGAUCCUUCGUCGGUGUUAACUUCCUACGAAGGCAUGCAUUUCCCGGAAUCAACCUUCCCCGAAGAAUUGAAGAGACUAUAUACACGGAAUAUUGUAUGCUCCUCUUGUUCCGGAAGCGAGGGCACUUCAAAGCUUGUGUAUCGAGCGUCCACCAACAAAAGGCCCCUCGACAUGUCAAAAACAUAUCUCUCUGCAGCAUCAGCACUCCCAACGCCGAACACCGACAAUCCUGUGAAAGCAUGUUUGUCAAUUCAAAUAAAUGUGUUUGGCAAGCUUUGGGGUCUCAUAUCAUGUCAGUCCUACGACAGUAGCCAAAGGCUCCAUCCGCUCACCCAGAAGGCUUGUUGGUUUGUAGCCGAGGCGGUUUCAAGUAACAUUGAGCGUCUGUCCUACACCUUGCCCUUACAAUCUCGAGAGCCAGGCAUCUCCCUAGAUAAAUCAAGCACAACCCAAGCUAUCAAGACUCCACCCAGUGAUCUUCUCAGUCUGUUCGGAGCAGAUUCCGCCGCAGCGUCAAUCAUGGGCGAGGCCAAGAUCUUGGGGAAACCGGUCGACUCACAGGAAGUGCUGGUAUUGUUUGAAUACAUGAAAGCCAAAGAGAAUGACACUGUAUUUUGGUCGGUAGAUAUCGCUGCCGAUUUUCAGGAUCUCAUUUACUCACCUGGCUUUCAUCAUCUUUCCGGAUUUCUCUACGUUCCUCUCUCAUUGGACGGUCGUGAUUUUAUUAUCUUCUUCCGGGCUGAUUUGGAAAGUCAAAACCUCGCGUCUGAUUCAGAGAGGUUAAGUCGACAGCAUGGGUGGUCCUCGACAGAUUUUGGGAAGGCAUCUGUUCUAUCUUUGUUAUAUCGCACUUUCGCCGAUAUAUGGCAAGAGAAGGAGGCUACAUUGCAGAAUAACCAGCUGAUGAGGCUUUUACUCGCCAAUUCUGCGCAUGAGUUCAGAACACCUCUCAAUGCCAUCAUCAACUAUCUGGAGAUUGUUCUCGAUGGAUCUCUGGAUCAAGAAGCGCGAGAUCACAUUUUCAGAUCACACUCGGCUUCCAAGUCGCUGGUAUACAUCAUCAAUGACCUUCUAGACCUCACAACGGCCGAAAACGGCCAACAGCUGAUAAAGGAUGAGGUAUUCGAUCUCCCAGAGACCCUCACGGAAGCAACAGACAUAUUUUGGGAAGAAGCAAGACAGAAGCAUGUCGAUCUGCAGGUAAUUCAACAUGCAGCCCUACCUCCCGUCCUUGGAGACCAACGGCGGGUACGCCAGGUGAUCACAAACUUGAUAAGCAAUGCUAUACAGCAUACAUCCAUUGGGGCAGUAACAAUCGAGUCUUGUGUCAUACCGGAGCUGUUGGAGCCAGAUCAUAUCUGCGUCGAAGUGGCAAUACACGAUACCGGAUCUGGCAUGUCCCAAGCAACGGUCGAAAAAUUGUUCUGUGAGCUGGAACAAGUCUCCAACAAGGGAUAUCUGCAGAAUCCUAAGUCAUACGAGGGUACUUCAAGUGGAAAUGUGUUCGAAACCGAAAGUGUGCUAGGUCUUGGCCUCGCCCUGGUCGCCCGAAUCGUACGCAAUAUGAAUGGGCAAUUAAGCUUGAAGUCUGAAGAAGGCAAGGGAAGCUGCUUCAAGAUCAGGCUUUCAUUUCCUCUUCCGGAUGAAGCCAGUAGUCAAAAGCAGAACUCAUGUGUUACGUCAAACGAGCAUCUGCAGGAUGAAAGAAAACAAGACACAAAGCAAGACACUUCAUCCUCACGUGGUGUAACAAACCAGGAGAAAGGGGGCAUUCAAUGUGAAUGUGGUCAAAAAUCAGAAUUUGAAUCAAUGGAACCCAUCAUGAACGUCGAUGUAAGCCUGAAAACUGGCGGAUCAAGAAACCUCUCCAUUUCUGGCCAACAGCUUGACCAGAGCAACCAACCAGAUAAACCAACUGCUUCACUUCCAAUUCAAGAUUCCAAGCAAUCAUCAGAAACAUCCAAAUAUAUUAUCAGAGAAAACUCCUCGGUCUCACCAACCACAAGAUCCCCGACCAACCAGCCCCAAACCCGCCAACCAAGCGCCUCGCCUACAAUGGACUGGAAUCUCCACGUCCUCGUCGCAGAAGAUGACCCGAUCAAUAGCAGUAUUGUCCAAAAGCGCCUUGAAAAAUUUGGCCACACGGUGCACAUGACAAGCAACGGGAAGGAAUGCGCAUCCGCCUACAAAGCGAAUCCCACUCGUUUCGACGCAGUGUUAAUGGACCUACAAAUGCCUAUCGUAGACGGGCUCGGUGCAACGCAGAUGAUACGAGAAUACGAGCAGCAAGAGCUGGCUAAUGAGACCACGCCUGCGCCUCGCAUUCCCAUUUUCGCUGUCUCUGCUUCCUUGCUCGAGGUGAAUCGGACGAUGUAUAUGAAUUCGGGCUUUGAUGGGUGGGUUAUGAAGCCGAUUGAUUUCCAAAGGGUGGAUCGGCUGCUUGGGGGUGUUAGACUUGAGUGGGUGCGGGAGGAGGUUGUUUAUAGGCCUGGUGAAUGGGAAGCUGGAGGGUGGUUUGAGGCAUAG